CUUUCAAGUCUUCUGUACCCGGAACCUAUGUUAUUAAACAAAAGUUCCCCUCCGGAGAGGAUAACUCGUAGUACAUGCUAAAAAGCUGCUAGCGGAAGAUAAAUAUCAACAUGGCAGAGACUCACAGCUUGCAGGACAUGAGGCAACAAGCAGCCGUUGCUGCCAAAGUCUUCAUUCAGAGAGAUUAUACGAAUGGUACUGUGUGCCAGUUCCAGACCAAGUUCCCCUCUGAGCUGGAGACCCGGAUUGACAAACAGCAGUUUGAGGAGACGGUGCGGACGCUCAAUAACCUGUAUGCUGAAGCUGAGAAGCUGGGAAGUCAGUCAUAUAUUGAAGGCUGUCUGGCCUGCCUCACAGCAUACACUAUCUUCCUGUGCAUGGAGACUCACUAUGAAAAGGUUUUGAAGAAGAUUGCAAAGUACAUUCAGGAGCAGAAUGACAAGAUCUAUGCACCACGAGGCCUCUUGCUCACUGACCCCAUUGAGAGAGGCCUGCGAGUUAUUGAAGUCACCAUCUUUGAAGACCGAAGCCUGACUAGAUAAAAGCUGCCACGCAGCUGUUUAGCUGAGCAGAGCAGCCCAGCACCGGUGCCCACCUCUCUGAGGACCACCCAGACCUGCACCCUUAAUACUGCGUCUCUACAAUCUGUCCCUGUCAUGUAAUUUCAUGUGCAUGUCCCAUUCAUAGUAUCCUUUGUGACCAAGUUUGAGAUUUCAUACCCGCAAGUUAUUUAUAUAUAACUUUAUCAAUAGGUGUGAUAUCCAUUUCCCUGUUUAAUAGUUCAGGGUUAAAGUCUGUUAUGUGCCUGUAUUUAGUUGGAGAAAAGUGAAGGAUAUCAUAGACAAACUGAUGGACUAACUUACACAAUUUAUUCUCGUUCUUCAGCCAUGAGUAAUUAUAUGUUGUUUAUUUUGGACUAAGUUUUUGACUUUUGAAUAAUGAAGCCAACACACAGGGUAACUUCUUUUUAUGAAGGUUUUUACAACUCACCCACACCCAUGCUUUAAAUGAUCAUCUUGGCUGAUUUCAGGAAGUAGUGGACCACUGGUUAUCAGUGUGAUUUUCUGCAUGUGCCGCACCUCACAGUUUAUUUGCUUUUAUUCUUAUUUAUGUAUUCUUGCAAGGGUGCUUGGUAGUGUAUCACCUCUCCUGCAUGUUUCCGUCAUAUGGUUUGACCUUGUAGUUAACUGACUGCUGAACUUUUUCAGGCUCCAAACAUUCCAGUCAAACCAUCACAGAUUCAGAUAUUCGUGUACAUCUGUCCUAUUUAUGCAUCCAUUCAACAGAUUAUUCUUUUGCUUUCUGAAAAGCCAAAACUUGUGCUUGCUCUGUAUCUGCAUGUACUAUUGUCAGUGCUACUCCUCGAGUCAUGGUUAUUUUUAUACGUAAACUGUGCUAUGCAUAGUGUUUUGGUGACUACUGUUGAUUUUUGACUCAUGUCUAAUAAGCAUAUAUCCAUAUAUUGGUGAGAUUGCCUUUGACCGAAGUAUUAAAAGUGCUCUUGUUUGUUGACAGUGCCUGUAAUGGCUUUGAAUGUUGCCUUUGUGUAAGCUGAAAGGCCUGCUCACACCAGGACUUAGCACAGCAAAAUUGAGCAGCAAUUUAUUGCAGUGGAAUUGAUGUGAUGAGUGGAUUCGCUCAUGGGGGCAAAGUAAAUCAGCACAAAUGUUCUGUGUCGUGUUCCUGCAAAUUUGUGCUGUUGACCACUAGGAAACACUCUUGACAGUGACAACCUUUUCAGGGACGGAGAGCCAAAGAUUCCCAAAUGAAAGAAACUGUUCUCUUUUACUUAACCCUCUGUGCAGAGGUAACCGCUUCACGAAAGAGGAAUGGUCUCCUGACAGAUACGACACAGGAGUCAAUGGCUGAAAAUACAACUUUUGAAUAAACUGACAACUUAUUGUCCCGUCAGUGACGGAGCAAAACUGAUGCACAAAUAAGUUUGCUAACUGACCGUUAGCUUAGUUCAUAGUGCUUUGUUUUUCAUCUUCAGUUCAUUCACAGAACAGUAGAGAGAAAAUAAAGAAAAGCACCAGAGUUAGUUCACCAACAAGCAAGUAGUCACUAUGUCCCCAAACUACUAGCACAAAUAUUUCACAAGAGUAUAUUGCUAUACCAUUUUCUGGUGUGACCAGGUCUAAACACUUGAGAAACACAGCUCUGGGCUUUGUUUACUUAUUGCUAACAAGCAGCUAAAUUCCACGAUUGUGGUUCUUGAUUGUCUGUAACUUCAGCAGGAGAAGCUCAGUUAGUGAAACUUUAACAGAGGUUGAAUAUGCUGCAGUUCGUAUGGCUGGAAAUGUUAAGAGGUUGUUAAUGUGACCAACAGAAACUCAUUUGAAGCAUCUUUAAUUAUGAUAUAACUACAUGUAAUUUUUGAAUACCAUAUAAAGGAUGAACACUUACCUUGAGUUAUAAUUAUGUAAAUAAAGUUUCAUUAAUAAUUUUUGAUUUAACUCAUAUUUUAUUUAUCUGUAGUUCAGUUAAUUGAACUUUUAUAGGUUCUUUUUUUCAGUUUAAAUCCAAAUGUUUUAUUAAUCCACAAGCUGUAUGCUCAUAAAUAAAAGUGUACAUAUUUUA